AUGGUGACAGGUGCCAGCCGCGGUAUCGGUGAAGCUGCGGCACGGAGUUUGGCAAGAUACGGCGCCAAGGUUGCCCUGGCGGCACGGUCAGGUGACGAUAUCGAGCGGAUUGCGGCGGAUAUCAACGAAAACGGUGGCGAAGCAAUUGCCAUCACAUGCAAUGUCGCCGACUAUCGCGACGUGGAAAGCGCGAUCGCGCAAUGCGUGGAGACAUUCGGCACAAUCGACAUCCUCGUCAACAAUGCCGGCGUCAUCGAACCCAUCACCAGAAUUGAGGCGUCCGACCCCGACGCGUGGGGCACGGUGAUCGACGUCAAUGUGAAGGGUGUCUACCACGGACUUCGCGCCGCCGCUCCGCAUAUGCUUGAAAAAGGCGCAGGCACGAUCAUCAAUAUCAGUUCGGGUGCCGCAACCGGCGCUUUGGAGGGUUGGAGCCACUAUUGUUCGUCAAAGGCAGCAGCGCUCUCGCUGACCCGCUGCGGGGAAAAGGAAUUCGGAGAAAAGGGUUUGCGUGUCAUCGGCCUCAGCCCCGGCACCGUCGCAACCCAGAUGCAGGUCGACAUCAAGGCGUCCGGCAUCAAUCCGGUCAGCCAGCUGGACCCUUCCGUGCACAUCCCCGCCGCUUGGGUCGGUGAGGCCAUCUGCUGGCUCAGCACGGAGGCUGGCGACACCUAUCGCGGUAUCGACUGUUCCUUGCGGGACGAAGAUGUGCGCAAAGCCGCCGGACUGGUCUGA